AUGACGAUUGAAGCACGAGAGCAACUCUCCAACUUCUCCUUCUCACUUGAACAACUACUACCACCACCAACAGCCGUUAUGGAAUCGCCAGCACCCACAUCGCAAGAUAGUACACCUCCUCCUCCUCCACCACAAGAGCCUCCUGUGUUCGAUAGGCAGAUUAAAAUGAUUCGGCCACCAGCCAAUGCACCAGCGAUAGUUGAGUUGCCAGAAUCCUUUUACAAGCUAUCACCCAAUGAAGUCAAGAGUUUAUAUCAGUCGCAUGUUGAGCGUCGAGAGAACUUGGAAAAUAGGCCGCUCAAGACACAAAAGAUACGCGUAGCCGAGGAACAAGAAAGAAUGAAAAAAUAUCCAAAGACCACCAUUCGUGUACGAUUUCCUGAUAGUACAAUGCUUCAAGCGACAUUCAAAUCAAGCGAGCGAGUGCGUGAUUUAUAUGACUUUGUUCAAUCCACGUUGGAAACACCAAGUCGCAAGUUUUUGCUUUGUCUACCUCCAAGAUCAAAAUUGAUUGAACCUGAAUUGACCCUUUACAAGGCUGGCCUUGCACCGGCAUCCAAUGUCACGUUUGUAUGGAUUGAAAAGGCUGCCCCUGGACAACGUGAUGUGCCUGCAGUUACACAAACCUAUUUGAGCAUGAUGGAGGAUUUGCCACCCCCGUCGGUUCCAUCCCCAGUCUCGUCGCCAGGAACAGCAAGUACAGCAAGUAAUUCAAGCGCAAGUGCCUCCACAAAGAAAGCUGGAUCCAUGCCAAAAUGGUUACAAAAGGGGUUAUUCAAGAAAUAG